AUGCCACCCAGGGCGCCACUUGUAGAUAAUGCGCAGAUCAAAUCUGCCUCGCUCCACAACCCCCGACCUCUGCUCCUCCACGCCUACAUCCUGCCUUUCACGAUCGCCUGGCCCGUCUUCUUCAGCAUCUACCUGUCCCAGGACUCCUACGACACGUACAUCAACGGGCAAGAAUGGACCUUUGUCUUCGCCGGCUCCAUCGUCACCACGCAGAGUCUGGUAUGGCUCAUGACGUUCUGGAACGUGAAUAUCCGCGCCUGGUUCACUGCGUCGUCUGCGAGCAGCGUCAAGGAUGCGAAGCUGAUCAAGGUGCUGCCUCAGCAGAAUGCGGGAAGCGCGGAGAUCUGCGAGAUCAACAGGCAGAAGAGGGCUGAUGGCAAGGACGACGUUAGUUUCUUGUUCCAGAAGAGACGGUUCCUAUACGACGAGGGCAAAGGCUCCUUCGCGCCGCUGGAGUUUAAGCUGGAUCAGGAGCCGAAGCCUACGGUCGGCUCGUUCCAGGAGAGCAGGGGUUUGCGCAAGAAGGACGAGAUUGAACGGAUACAACAUCAUUACGGGAACAAUAUCUUCGACAUCCCCGUGCCGACUUUCUCGGAGCUGUUCAAGGAGCACGCGGUGGCGCCGUUCUUUGUGUUUCAGAUCUUCUGCGUUGGACUGUGGAUGCUGGAUGAGUACUGGUAUUACUCACUGUUUACGCUGUUCAUGCUGGUCGUCUUUGAGUCGACGGUUGUGUGGCAGCGGCAGAGGACGUUGAAGGAGUUCCGGGGGAUGAGCAUUAAGCCAUACGACGUCUACGUGUUUCGGGAGAAUAAGUGGAGGGAGGUGCUGAGUGAUGCGCUGCUUCCUGGGGAUCUGGUUUCUGUGGGCCGGACGAAGGAUGAUAGUGGUGUGGCUUGCGAUAUGAUUUUGGUCGAGGGCAGUGCGAUCGUGAACGAGGCUAUGCUUUCUGGAGAGAGCACGCCUGUACUUAAGGAUUCGCUUCAGCUGCGUCCGGCAGAUGCGCGUGUAGAGCCGGAGGGUCUGGACAAGAAUGCUUUCCUCUGGGGUGGCACCAAGGUCUUGCAGGUUCAGCAUGGCAAUGCUUCCGAAGACGCUCCGGGCACCGUUCAGCAGCUCGCAUCUGGCGUACCUCCACCACCUGACAAGGGUGCCAUGGCUGUGGUGGUAAAAACGGGCUUCGAGACGAACCAGGGCGCUCUCGUCCGGACGAUGAUCUACUCGACCGAGCGUGUCAGCGCGAACAACCUCGAAGCACUGCUUUUCAUCCUCUUCCUCUGCGUUUUCGCCAUCGCCGCGUCGCGGUACGUGUGGGUUGAGGGUGUCAAGGUCGACCGCAAGCGCUCGAAGCUGUUGCUGGACUGUGUGCUUAUCGUCACUUCUGUCGUUCCGCCGGAGUUGCCUAUGGAGUUGAGCUUGGCUGUGAACACGAGUCUGGCUUCCCUCAGCAAAUUCGCCAUCUUCUGCACGGAGCCGUUCCGGAUACCGUUCGCUGGCCGUGUGGAUGUUGCUUGCUUUGACAAGACUGGCACGCUUACUGGAGAGGACUUGGUGGUUGACGGUAUUGCUGGGCUUUCGCUGGGCGAAGAAGGUGCGGCGAGCGAGCCUGAUGGCGCACAGAGCCAGCUGAUCAGGGUCAAUGGGACGAACCAGGCCACCACUCUUACCUUGGCCACGGCGCACGCUUUGGUCAAGCUCGAAGAGGGAGAUGUUGUCGGCGAGCCCAUGGAGAAGGCCACACUUCAAGCACUUGGCUGGACCGUCGGUAAGAACGACACGCUUUUCGCCAAGUCAGCGCAGACAGGCGAGAAGACGGUCGGCAACAGCGUGCAAAUCAAGCGACGCUUCCAAUUCUCUUCGGCUCUUAAGCGACAGAGCUCUGUCGCUAUUACCACCACAAUGGACCGUUCGAGCGGGAAGAAGAUCAAGAGCACUUUCGUCGGCGUCAAAGGUGCGCCAGAGACCAUUCGGAAGAUGCUUGUCGAUGUGCCGCCGAAGUACGAGGAGACUUUCAAGUACUUCAGCAGGAAUGGCGCAAGAGUGUUGGCCUUGGCGUACAAGCAUCUUUCGGCAAGCGAUGAGAUUGGGCAGAAUAAGAUCAACCAUCUCAAGCGUGAAGAGGUUGAGAGCGAGCUGCAUUUCGCUGGGUUCCUGGUCUUGCAAUGUCCUCUUAAGGAUGACGCGAUCAAGGCUGUGCGUAUGCUUAACGAGAGCAGUCAUCGCGUGGUCAUGAUCACUGGUGACAACCCGCUCACUGCUGUACAUGUUGCGCGGCAGGUUGAGAUCGUGGAUCGGGACGUUCUCAUUCUGGACGCGCCAGAGCAUGAUGACAGCGGUGAGAAGCUGGUCUGGCGUAGUGUCGAUGACAAGACGAAUAUCCCGGUCAACCCUACUGAGGCCCUUGAUGCCGAGAUCCUGAAAAGCAAGGAUUUGUGCGUGACAGGCUUCGGACUCGCGAAGUUCAGGGGCCAGAAGGCGCUACCGGACCUGCUAAAGCAUGCUUGGGUUUAUGCUCGCGUGUCACCUAAGCAGAAGGAAGAUAUCCUGCUUGGUCUGAAAGAGGCGGGCUACACCACACUCAUGGCAGGUGACGGCACGAACGACGUCGGUGCACUGAAGCAAGCUCACGUUGGUGUUGCACUGCUCAACGGCUCGAAGGAAGACUUGGAGAAGAUCGGCAAGCACUUCCGUGAGUCGAAGAUGAAGGAGGUGUAUGAGAAGCAGGUUGGCAUGAUGAAGCGCUUCAACCAGCCCAACCCGCCUGUGCCCGUGCACAUUGCACAUCUCUACCCGCCUGGUCCGACGAACCCGCAUUACGAGAAGGCCAUGGAGCGAGAAGCGCAGAUGAAGGCGCAGUGGGCGGCUGCUAACGGCCAGCCGGUGCCUAAUGGUACUGCGAACGGUGCACCUGUGCAAGCUGUCGCGCCAACGCCCGAGCAGAGCAAUGAACCUGUCCGACAGAACAAUGCUGCCUUUUCUAUGGCGGACAAGCUCACUGCAUCGAUGAUGGAGGACCAGCUGAACGAUGACGAGCCGCCUACCAUCAAGCUUGGCGAUGCUUCGGUCGCCGCGCCUUUCACGAGCAAGCUUGCAAACGUCGUUGCGAUCCCCAACAUCAUUCGACAAGGUCGUUGCGCGCUGGUGGCUACCAUUCAGAUGUACAAGAUCUUGGCGCUCAACUGCUUGAUCAGUGCGUACAGUUUGAGUGUGCUGUAUCUUGAUGGUAUCAAGUUUGGAGAUGGACAGGUGACGAUUAGUGGAAUGCUCAUGAGCGUGUGCUUCUUGAGCAUUUCACGCGCGAAGCCCGUCGAACAACUCUCCAAAGAACGCCCGCAAAACAACAUCUGGAACUGGUACAUCAUCCCCUCCGUCCUCGGCCAAUUCGCCAUCCACAUCGUCACCCUCAUCUACAUCUCCGACUACGUGCACAAGUUCGAAGAGAAAGAAGACCGCGCCAAAAUCGACCUGGAGAAAGAAUUCCAGCCUUCGCUCCUCAACAGCGCCAUCUACCUCCUCCAGCUGAUCCAACAAAUCUCCACCUUCGCCAUCAACUACCAAGGCCGCCCCUUCCGCGAGUCCAUCCGCGAGAAUAAAGGCAUGUACUACGGUAUCUGCGCCGUCACGGCCCUGGCUUUCAGCUGCGCGACGGAGUUCGUGCCCGAGAUCAACACGCAGCUGAAGCUGGUGCCGUUUACGAACGAGUUCAAGUUUACCAUGACGACGGUGAUGGCGUUGGAUUUCGUGGGGUGUUGGGUGAUUGAGAAGGCGUUGAAGUUGGCUUUUAGCGAUUAUAAGCCCAAGGAUAUUGCGGUGCGGCGGCCGGAUCAGUUGAGGAGGGAGGAGGAAAGGUUAAGGGUGGAGCAGGAGAAGGCGGAUCAUGAGAGGGAGGUUGCGCUUGGGAAGGCGUAG